CGGGAUUGCAGAGCGCGUACAUGUCGGUAGUGACUCGCUGCAUCGUAUUCAUGCUAAAAUCUCACUCACCAUUGCUAGAUAUUGUUUGCGCGAGGCGAAUUUAUUACGUGGUAUCCGUCGAAAUAAUCGUAAAUAAUUUCUAAAAACUGUUUCGUUUUCGAAAAGUGUGUCUCCAGUGGAACCAGUGCAAGUUUAAAAGUGGAACGUCAUAAUGGAAAGAAAGUUGAUUCUUUACCAAGUAUUGUGAUUUGUUGAGUGUGUGUGUCUUCUUGAUUUAGGUGUGUGUUCAACCUCUCUUCCGGUGUUCAGUGUUCAAAGUGCAGUGUUUCUACAAUAUCACUCUGUCUCAUUCCCGCUUUCAUAAUAAUUAACUUGUAUUUUAAAAUAAAUCGACAAUUUUCCUUGUGCAGCGAGCGCAUCUUGGCUGUGAUAUUUUCAGCCUGGCUUUGGAUGUUGGAGCUAUUUUUGAUGUUCAUGCCUAUUCCUCACACUAGUUGAGCGUGGUUCAAGCUUUAAAAAUUAAGAUAAGUAGUAUCUGGGCGUUAACAGCCUAUAUGAAGGGAAAGUGAAUCUAGUUAAUUCUUGAUAAAUGUGAAAACAAACAUCGUUCAGUGUGUAGUUUUGACAAAGUGAAGUGAUACAGUUGAAGAUCUUACGAUCUUGGAUAUUUCGUUCUGUGGAUUUGUGGAAUUACUUCAGAUUGAUUGGAUUAUGGUGAACAUUAUACGCAAUUGACUCCAAACCCUCACAGACAGAAAAUGGUUCUUUCGGAAUGGGCGUCGCUCUAGCCGAAGCGACUGCACAAUGCUGCUGCACUUGCACUGUCCAGGCUGCCCAGCACUUCCUCGGAAUUACUGAGAGGUGAUAACGUGCAAUGGAUGUGAGUUUCAACAAUGUGUUGGAGAGCACCAGACAGUACUUCCAGGGCCUGCCGGCCAACAGUCCGCCUCCGGCCCAGCCGCCGCCUCCGCCUCAGCCGCCUCCGCCUCAGGCACAAGCACCGCCCCCGACGGAGCAGCCGGUCACGUCGCCGCCCCUCUCCUAUUGGCCGCCCAAGGCAACCACCGCCGGAAACAGCGAAACGGCUGCAGCACAGAUGCAGCAGCAGCAUCACCACCAAAUACAACCUCAGCCGCAGCAGUCGCACUACCCGGCGACCGGUGGCUCCAAGGCGGCCACACACCGGACACCGCCCCUCUACAAUGGCGCCGCCUCCACUGCCCCCACCCCCACCAACCAGCGGCACAAUCUGCCUCCGAUUGCAGCUCUGACGUCAGCGUCCUACGCCACCAGUCGCGCCACGGCGCUAGCUCGCCUGCCUUCCAUCAGCCAAAUCACUCCGCACAAGUCUCAGCCAAAGUCGCAGCUGCAUCAUAACUUCCGCACCAGUACCGACUACCUCUACAGUGCCAAUCCUCAGUAUUCAACCACGCAGGUGUCAAAGUAUCCUAGCACAGGUGGUUCUGCGAAUUGUUCGAAUUCUGCAAUGCCUGGUUCGGCCAGUUACUCGAAUUCUGCCACGCCUGGUUCUGCCAAUUGCUCGAAUUCAACAAUGCCUGGUUCUGCCAGUUACUCGAAUUCUGCUACGCCAAGUCCUGCCAGUUUCUCCGCUAAUCCUAGUACGGCUAGUUACUCGAAUACUACACCUAGUAAUCCGAAUUACUCGAUUUCAUCAACGCCUGGUGCUGCAAAUUACUCGAAUUCUGCUACUCCCAGCACUGGUAGCUACUCGAAUUCUACACAAAGCAACCCGAAUUACUCGAUUUCAACGCCUGGUGCUGCAAAUUACUCGAAUUCUGCUACUCCCAGCACUGGUAGCUACUCGAAUUCUACACAAAGCAACCCGAAUUACUCGAUUUCAACGCCUGGUGCUGCAAAUUACUCGAAUUCUGCUACUCCAAUCACUGGUAGCUACUCGAAGUCUACACCUAGCAAUCCGAAUUACUCGAUUUCAUCAACACCUGGUGCUACCAAUUACUCGAAUUCUGCUACUCCAAGCACUGCUAGCUACUCGAAGUCUACACCUAGCAAUCCGAAUUACUCGAUUUCAUCAACGCCUGGUGCUACAAAUUACUCGAAUUCUGCUACUCCAAUCACUGGUAGCUACUCGAAGUCUACACCUAGCAAUCCGAAUUACUCGAUUUCAUCAACGCCUGGUGCUGCCAAUUACUCGAAUUCUGUAACUCCAAGCACAGCUAGUUACUCGAAGUCUACACCUAGCAAUCCGAAUUACUCGAUUUCAUCAACACCUGGUGCUACCAAUUACUCGAAUUCUGCUACUCCAAGCACUGCUAGUUACUCGAAGUGUACACCUAGUAAUCCGAAUUACUCGAUUUCAACGCCGGGUGCUGCUGCCAAUUACUCGAAUCCUGUUACUCCCAGCACUGCCAGUUACUCGAAAUCUACACCUAGCAAUCCGAAUUACUCGAUUUCGUCAAUGCCUGGUGCUGCCAAUUACUCGAACUCUGCUAAAUCUAGCAACACUCUCAAUUUCUCGAUGUCAACGUCUGGUGCUGCCCAUUACUCGAAUUCUGCUAAUCCUAGCACUGCCAGUUACUCGAAUUCUACACCCAGCAACCCAAAUUACUCGAUUUCACCUAUGCCGAGUUCUACGAGUUACUCGAAUUCUGCUAAACCUAGUAGUAAUCCAAAUUACUCGAUUUCACCUAUGCCGAGUUCUACGAGUUACUCGAAUUCAGCUAAACCUAGCACCCCCAGUUACUCGAUUACAACCAUGCCGAGCUCUACUAGUUACUCAAUAUCGUCCACACCUAGCGCCGUCAGCUAUUCUAUGAGUAGUGCAACAGUUUCAACAGCUGUUACCACGAGUUCUGCUGUACCUACAGCUGCACAUUUAUCCAAAUCUCCGUACCCAGCUGCUACCACACAUUCCUCAACUUACUCCUCUGCCAGUUCUCCUGCUACUUACCCAAUGCCUCGUGCAACGGUUGCCACAAGUGCUAGUAGCAGUCCGUUGCCAGUUUCGGCGCAUUCUGGUCAUUCGUCCACCAGUUACUCUGCGAGUCAGCAACAGUCGGUCUAUCCUCCACACUCUACAUCAUCCUCCUCGUCGUAUCCCACCGCCGCGAGGUACCAAACUCCUCCUCAGCAACAGCAGUACAAUCAGCAACAUGCAGCCAUGCAACAUCAGCAGCAGAUACAGCAGCAUUAUUUGUAUCAGCAGCAGCAGCAGAGGCAGCAGGAAAUGUCGAGUCAGCAUUACAGGAGUCAGCAGAUGGCUAAGGCGGGAGCGGGGAGACACUAUAUGACGUCACCACAACAGCAGAUGACACAGCAGCAUCAGGGCUACUAUUCAUCGCCGGGCAACCCAGUGCGCUCAUCACAACAACCGCAGCAACCGGCGACUCCCGUCACCACAACAGCCAACAACAGCAGCCAACAGCAAACAAUGACUAGUCACAGUCAGAGUCGAGUCACAGGACUCAUGAAACGCGAGUCGCCGCUUGACUUGUCUGUGAAAACCGUCCGACAGUCGGCCGACUCAUCAACAGCUAAAGACGAGUCGGAGAACUAUCACAACAUGUCUGGAUUCCAUCAUCACGAAAUGCUGCAGCACAGUAGGGCGUCAAAAACACCGCCCAAGGCGUCCACUGGACGCGUGCCGGGAGCCUAUGGUGGCUAUGGCAACCAGGAACAACAGGGAGAUACCACUGGGGCGCCCAAGGUUGACUUUCUGCCCAACUUUAGCGCCCCCCACCAGAACAACUACCAAGGUGGCAAUCCUGCCGCUGCAUACACUCCCGAACCGAAGAAACGGUCGCGGAAAAGUAGUAGUGUAACGCAACCGAUCACAACAGGCCAGUAUCCCUAUCAGAACGCCAUAACUGCUGCCAACCUCAAGAAAGCACUGCCGUCCAAUAUGUAUGACUACCACAAACAGCCAACCCCCUACUACCCGACUGCGGCCACUCAGAGCACAAAGACACCCGCCAACCGAAACGGAGCCAACAUGUAUGCGGGCUUGAGUGCUGAUGCCGCCUAUCUGUUGGAUGUAAAACAGUUCCAACAUCAGUCCAGGAUGGACUAUUUGAGUCAGUCCGGUCAACCAGCUUCUGACACCGGUUACAAGCGACCGUCAUCCACCGAUCUGAACAGCCCUAGACAAGCGAAGGUGCCCAAGUUUCAACCGGUCAGCGACCAGUGGAAGCAGAAGUUUGACGAGCAGAUCGACCAGAGGUUCAAAUCGUACGCUAGUUCUAAACUGAUGAGUGAACAACAGCAACAGCAGAUGAAUGGGGGGAAAGAUGGCAGCAGUAAUAGUAGUAGUAAUGGUUCGGUUCAACAGCAGAACUAUGCCAGCAUGUAUGCUCAACAGCAGGCCCGUUACCAAAGUAGUACCACCAGCAGUAGUCAAACCCAGAUUGUUGCUCCGGUAUCAUCUAGCCCCAGUGUUGUGGCUGCAAACCAUAUGAAGCAACACCCCAUGUACACGCAACCACAAGCACGUAGUGUGGUGUCCGAAGGUAGUGGGGGAAAUACGUAUCCUUUGUACUCAACAAAGGUGCAUGAUGGAGGCAGAGGGAAGAGUGGUGCCAACAAACAGGUGUUGAGCAUCCUGAGGAACAGCUUGGAGAUAAAGGAGGCCAGGAACCUGCAAAUGCAACAGCAACAGGAGCAACAACAUUACCAGCAGCAGGUUCUGCAGCAUAGGGGGAAAUCGUACCAUCCGUUGGAACCGAUGAUGCGACCGCCAGGGGCGGCAAUGCCUGGAGCGCCGCCUCCGCCUAGGGUGCCGCCCCCCACCGCCCGCCACAAUCUCCCUCCGUUCGGUGCGAUCGCCGUGGAGCGUAGCAGUACCGCCACGCCGCCUCCCUACCCGGGAUACAAGUUCCAUCUGCCAAAGGCUGUCGACUCGGUGCAGCUGGAUGCUGAUGAGGCGGCAAGGAUGCAGCGGUCAGCGGAGGCAGUUCCGCCCCCAGUCUCGGCUGCCCCCGGCGCUGAUAGUCCGACCGCCACCGAAAUGGACGGACUGGCUGCGUUCCUCGCCGCUCGCAUACGAACCAAGGCGGAAUUGAAGCAGGUUGGUCCUGGACUUGCGGGCGCAACAGCAGGAUCGAAUGGGUCGGUACACUCUCCACGUGCCACUCCUGGCAUUUUCUCACCUAUACCAGCUCCUGUUCGAACUCCUGAUAUCGCAAAGGGAGGUCCGAGUGAGGGUGACCUUGGCAGUGCAUCGUCAGUGAGUACAACGGCCACCGCCAGUCCACCCAAGCUCACUCGCGAGAGGGGUGCACAUCCCCUCAUAUCUCCCAGAAGACUGUUCAAGUCGGACGACGAAAGUAUGCCAGCCGCAAUGGGAAGCAGCAGUAGCAGUCAGUCGCAGACCGCAGUCGCUGGCGUGUCGAAGCAGCCGCUUGCGAUUCAGUCGCGCGACACACCCUUGCGAAGCUCCUCCGAGGCGUCUGUCUUUGAUUUCAGGGAGAGCGAUUCGGAGAGCGAAAUGCCGGUUCUGGAGCGACAGUCGCUGAAUGAGAUGCGCAGUGGAGGUGCGCACCGCACCAAACAGCGGCGACAGCGCGCCACCGAUAACGCAGCGGCCGGCGGUAAAACGUCGUCGGCUGCGGCUGCGGCAGCGGGACAGUCUACGUCGCAGAUUGUUGAGAUGCCUGAAGAAGCAGCCGAUUCGUUUUGGAGUGCGACGUGCGACGACUUCCUCACUCAGCUGCAGACCGGCAAAUCGCUGCUCAAACGCAGAGGGCGGCGGAAAAAGAAACGCAUCAAAUCGCCCCUCCCCUCUCACACCCCCUCAGCAACCAUCACUGCUCCUCCCCCUCCUCCUCCUCCGCCUCCGACGCCAACCAAGACUGAACUCCAACGAGAGGAGGAGAAGGAGGCACCGAGCAAACAGGAGGAGGAGAAGUUACCGAUCAGAAAGGAGGAGGAGAAGGUAGCGAUCAGAAAGGAGGAGGAGAAAGUGGUGAUCAAAAAGGAGGAGGAGAAGAUAGUGAUCAGAAAGGAGGAGGAGAAGAUAGUGAUCAGAAAGGAGGAGGAAAAAGUAGCGAUCAAAAAGGAGGAUGAGAAGGUGCCAGUAGUAGUUGUUAAGGUGGAGAAGGAGGUGAAAGAGGAGGAGGAGAAGAAAAAGCCAAAAAUCAUGGAGGUGGUAAAUAAGAAGAAGGAGGAGGUAAAACGGAGGAAAGAUUUUAUCUGUGAUAAGAUUCUAGAAGUCAAGGCUGUGAAAUUGGAGCUGGGUGAUUCGUCGGAUGAGGAUGUUCCGUUGUCGAGGAGGAAAAAAGUUGGGAAAACUGUUGUCAAAGAGGAGCCUCCUCCGGUGGAAAGUGAGGUGGAGGAGCAGGAGGAUGAGGAGGAACCUUGUAGUGAGGGAGAGGAGAGUACGAAAACAAGGAGGAGGCUGCGAGAGAGGAAGACACCUUUGAACCGGAGUGUGUCAGAGGAGAAGAAGAAGGGUAAAGAGGAGAAGCAGGCAAAGAAGCAGACGCGAUCUCUCUCGCCUCCGAAACGACACAAGGAGAAACCAAAGAAAUUCGGGGACGGGUGCAAGUUCACGCCGGGCUGGGAGGAGGAUCUGUUGAAGUACAAGAAGUCGCUACGUAUGCCGGCGCGACUAAUCACGAUAUCGCGACCUGCGAACUGGCCACGCGCCACCGCCUCACUGCCCGACUUGGACUCGCCGCGUGCGCCCGACUCUCCGCUCACCUGUGACUCGGACACGUUCACCCCCACCAAGAAGGAGCAAGUUGUAGUGAAAGACGACAAGUCGACACCCUCCAAAGACGAGAACUCGUUCCUGAAUCGGUUGGUGCAGCGCUACGGGGGCAAGGGCAAGAAGUCAAUUAGAAAAGCUGUGUUGGACGACAAGAAGCCGAAGAAGAUUGAGAAGUCGUCGGAUGGACCGGAAUUGUUGCCGACUCCGCGCCUUGACGAACUGGUGUCGAAGAAGGACGAACCGCUGACGGUUGUGACGCCCGCCAAGAAACCUCGUGGCCGGAAACCCAAGAAGGAGAAGGAGGUGAAGGAUAAGGAGGAGAUGGAGGUGCAGUGUGACAGCAACGAUAACAAUGCAGUGUACCUGGGCUACUUCCGCAAGAAGACAGUGGCUGAGUUCCGGGAGGCGUUUGAACGGCACAACGGUGCGUUUGUCGCUGAGAACGAUCUGCCACCGGUUGUGUACGAGUCGCGAACGCGCACGCAAACGCGAGUGCUAAAACAGCAGGCCACCAUACGCGAGGUGUUUGGUGACGACAGACCAGCCUCAGCGCCACCUGCCGGAUGUCGGGGAGACGGCGACGAGGAACAAGAGGUUGCUGACGUAGCAAAAAAGCCGGGCCGCCGGAAGGGUUUGCACCAAGGUGCAGGUGCAGUGAGCAAGCUGGUGCUGCGCAAACGGGGCAACAGUCAGUCGGGCAACCGGCCCGGUCUGCGCAGUGCUGCUCAGCUGCGUAGCAGCAAGGCAGUGCUCAACUCGAAGCGGCAACUGUUGCAUGGCGACAAGCAACGCAAACGCAACCUGCAUCUGUUGAAGGCGUUUGGUAAAAAGCAGGACCAAAACGAUGUCUCGGCAACGGGUAAAAAGCAACAGAAGUUUGAUACGGGUAAAAAGAAGGAACGCGAUUCGGAUCUGUUGGCAACGGGUAAAAAACAGAAACAGGUUGAUACAGACCAGGAAACGGGUAAAAAGAUCGAUGGUCAUAAUGAUACUGAGCAGUUAGGGAAAAAGAUACAGAAGUGUGAUACCGAUGAGGUGUUUGCAACGGGUAAAAAGCAGAAGCAACAGAAGUGUGAUGAGACAGGUAAAAAACAACAAAAGCUUGAUACAGAUGAGGUGUCUGUAACGGGUAAAAAGCAACAAAAGCUUGAUACAGAUGAGGUGUUUGCAACGGGUAAGAAGCAACAAAAGCGUGAUACAGAUGAGGUGUUAGCAACGGGUAAAAAGCAACAAAAGUCUGUUACAGAUCACACAAAAACGUCUGAAUUUGUGGCACCGGAUGACUCAAUCCUUCCCCCACCACCGCCUCUACCAGCAGCCAAUGAGGCGUCGACGUUAGGCGAAGUACAACCAAGCAAAAAGUUGAAGCUGAGACGGAAGUUGAAAUCGUCUGGGUUUGAUUACAUCAGGAAGAAGAAGAAACAGCAGCAGCGAAGGGGUGGCGAUGGAGGGGGUGGGGGUGGUGAAAUGGAGCCGCCCAAAGAGAAACGAAAGAGUGCAUUUUCGGUGUUGAAGUCGGGUUUGGAGUCUGAACAGGACAUUCAGAACGAGAUCAAAGGCUGGGUCAUCAACAAAGGUCUGGGAGAGACUGUCUUGCAUCGGGCUGCCAGGCUUGGAUACACGGACGUGGUGGCGUAUUGCCUUGAGAAGCUGGGAAAUAACCCGAGCCCCAGAGACAAUGCAGGCUACACACCUCUCUACGAGGCCUGCUCCAGGAACCAUAUUGAGAUUGCUCGACUCCUGUUACUCCACGGAGCCAACCCCAGCGAUAGUGCGCAGGGCGGCAUACGUUUGUUGCACGAGGCGUCAGAGAACGGGUUCUGUGAGGUGAUGCGUCUUCUGCUGUCGUACGGGGCAGACCCCCUGCUGGCCACCUAUGCGGGGCAUACGCCCCUGUCGCUGGCCUCCACCGAGUCUGCGCAUGCGCUGCUGUUGCAUCACCUUGCCGAUGUGCAGGGUAUGCCCGCGCCCCCCUGGCACUUCAACGGGCUCGCUUCCGUGUGCGACGUGGAAAAGUCAGGCAACGACCCAGUCGCGGACGCACCCGACCCUGAGGAGGUGACCGACAUUGAGGAGUUGGUGGUGGACUACUCUGAGGAGGCACCGCUUCCCAACCUCUACACCCUCAACGACGAGGAGCCCUCCGAUCGAUGGGUGCUCUUCCAGGAGAUCUGCGCGACACUGCGCGUGAAGACACGUGACGCGCUGCUCAGGCAACUGGGGCCGACGCACAAGAACGACUUUCGCGACCUCAAGUUGAGCGAAUUCUACGACCAGGCGCGUUGUUGCAUGCUGAUGGGCGCCGGCGAUCAGCUGAUCAAUCCGCGCGCGCACAAGGUUGUCCUUGUCAAGUACACCGAACAGCUGCGCGCGCUGCUCCACAUUCACACCGACUCGAUUCCGAUCAGCUGACACGGCCACAAGGUCAAGGUCGCGCAUUAGGUGAUGGAUUAGCGCCACAACUUGGUCAACAAGACUCGCAAAUAGGUCUAGGCAAGACCUAUAAGACACAGACCAUAACACUGACAUCUAGUUUAAACAAAAUUGCGAAUUCGGUUAAUACAUCUACAAGGCAUUGUGACUGCACAAAAAGCGAAAGAAGAUGAUUUUUUUAAACGUUCGUUAUAUAUUAUAUUUAAAGGCCGAUUGUUCCAAAAUAAGAAACAUUAUAAAAAUCAGAAUUUUCAUAUUCUACAAUAAUGGAAAAUGAAAUUGGAUAUUAAAAAAUGGUACGUGUUCCAGUUGUAAAUCAAACGGCAAAAGUCUUACCAACUUAAAUAUAAACAUUUUUAAUUUCCAAACAACGCCGUUCUUAAGAAAAAGUGGAUAAAAUCUAUUAGAUUGAAAAUUUAUUAAGUGUAAUGUUGUGUAUGUUCAACAAUAAAUGAAUCAAUACAAAAGCUACAUGAGUGAACAUUGUACACCAGGUCUAUAACUUCAGUUACUUACAAUUUAUUGAUCAUCACAAUAGAAUCCAUUCACUUGGAUUCUAAAUAAUUUAAAUAAUCACUAAAAUUAUAAUUAAUUAUAAUACUGACUGCGUUAAUAAUAAUCAAGAUGUAAAUACACAUUUUUUAAAGUGAACAUUCAACGAUUUGCUUAAAAAAUUAGUGAGAAAGUGAAACUAUCUUCCCGAAGUUUAAUCACGUUCAUUAUAAUCUUAAUUUCAAAUCAAAUCUAAUCGUUUAUUGCACAAAAAAUAUAUACAGAAUACAACAAAAAGGAAAUUGACAACUUUGUGCUACACGUCGGCAAAAGAAAACUUGUACGCCGACGUGGAGUCUUAAUAUAUCUUAUUCACUUGUACAUUAAUAUAUAUCUAUAUCGUUUUAUUUAUCAUUAGGUCAGUAUAAUAAUGCAGUAUACUACUCUUAAUUGGUCACAAACACAAACGAUUAUCAUAUAUGAUGAUGAUGAUUAACAUACUUUAUUUACUCAUAAGACAAAGUAAUGAAUAAUAGCAGACGUCUCAACUGGCAAACAUUUCGCCCAUUUGAGCGGCCAUUUUGUUCAAAUGUUAUGGUCUGUAUGUCUUGUAGGUCUUGGUCUAGGUCAGCUGACUACUAGGUCAAGGACACCGUACUGAUCAGCUGACUACUAAGUCAUGAACACGGAUUCGGUGAUCGGGAUAACAGAUACAAAUGAAGAUAAGGAUUCUGAACCAAUGAGCCGACAGGUGGCAACUCAUUUGGGUAGGAUCGCAGAUUGAAAAGGAUACUGUAUCUUAUAAAAUCAGAUACCAACUAGAAUGAGUGCUCGAAAUUUUACCAAGCAUCAAGUUAUUCUGCAAUGAUGUAACUUUAGUGUGUGCAAACCUUAGUUUUCAGCGUGGGGCUUUAUGGCCAAUGUUAUUUCAGCUGGUUUUAUGCUGAUUCUAGCAAAAAUCGAUCACUUUCUCGCUCUUUCUCUCACACGAUUAUUUCACAGGCUCUUUGGAUUCUGUAAAAUCUGGCAGCGCUGUACUCCAUAAGAGCAAUGCUGCAAACUAGGGGUUGCAUAUACUAUAGUAGAAGGUGUAGUCUCGAUUGAUCAGCUGAAAUAAGUCGAACAACUUGAGAAGUUGAUAUUUGGACAAAUAUCCGUGUUACCAAAUUUUGUGCGAGGUUUCAAUCUUUUCUUGCAAGCCCAUAUUAACUUACUAGAUAUACUCAAUAGAGUUGUCAAUUUCAUUAUAAUAUCAUGUCAGUAUGGGCUUGCCUAACUGAACUGAUUUGCUGACAAACUUAUGAGAAUUCGACUGAGUCACUGUCGAUGUUAUAGAACACGAUAUAUGUGGUUUUUAUUUCAAACUUAUGAGAGUUCAAUAGUGAUUAGCUGAUAGGUAUUUGUUGAAAUAACGAAAGCACUGAGUGUAAACCUUCCAUAUGGGAGAAGUGUUGUCCAUAGAUUGCUGGACUUGACGACACUCAAAAUAUAUUAGCCAAUCUUCUGUUAACCUUGUUCCCUUUUUCAAAUAAUGUAAUUAAUUGUAUUGUAAAUAUUAUAUAAAUGUCGUUGUAAAUAUUACCUGAAUGAUAUUGUAAUUAUUGUCGUAUUUUUCAUACCGUAUGAAUUUUGAAGAGAUCAAAGCGUUUAUAGAGAAAUUUAUAUUGUAUUAUUCGUCGUCUAAGUGUCAAUUAUGUAAGAAAAUUAUUGUGUAAUUUUUUCAUUCGUCAAAUGAGUGAAUCCUAGAUGUACUUAUUAGAUGUAAUGUGAAUUUUGGCAGAGUUGAUUCUUUGCUCUGUUUUUUAGUUUCCGAGUACUACGGUCUUUUGAAAAUGUUUUGGCCUACCAGUGUAGAUGAAGUUUGUAUUUGUAUUCUACUAUAUUAUCCAUUCAGUAUGAAAUGUUAUCGAAACAUAAAGUUCUCGGCUGUGGUAAGUGCAAACUGAUAGGUUCUAGAAUGCUUUAAUUUUCUACUUCUCUGUAUCUUUCUAGUAAUGUGUGUACCACAAUGAAUGUAUGUAUAUAUUUGAAUGAAUUUUGCAACGUUGUGUGUGUAUGUUCGAUGUUCGAUGUUCAUUUCACACUGUUUGUGUGAUUCAUAAUAAUGUGUGUGCUAAAUAUUACUAGGGAAAAUAAUCUAUUAGUGGGUUCUCCUUAACUGUUGGUAACUGAACGAAGCAAUCUUCGUAGAAGCCUAAAAUUACAUGUCAACUCUCACAAAAAAUGUAAAUUUCACAUUCCAAAUCUACUGUACCUGGUGGCUUCUAAAUCACUCUUUUCUUCACAAUUAUAAUCUAUUUUGAGAAAAGUAAAGUCUGUGAAAGUCUUAUGAAUUCUGACUAGGAGUGUUAGUUUAUGGAUUUUUUUCAUAACUGACCUUCUUCAUGUUGUAUUGAACCUAACACCUCAUUGCUUCAUCUCUGAAAUAUGUUUAUAGCUUUUAAUAAAUUGAACUAUGUCUGAAUCAUUGACAAUAAAAUUUAAUUGUACAGAUACAAUAGAAGGGUGGAGGCAUCAAAUACAUGCAUAUCAAAUACAUUUUCUUGAUUGUAUCUGGUAAUUGAUGUGUAGGUAAAUAUAAUUUAGUGGAUUUCUUUGAUCAAAUCUAAAAUUCAAUGUUGAUUUAUAGUCAAUAUAAAACUUCUUGGAUUGGGGUCGAAUGAUGUUUUGCUUGUGUAAUCUUCUAUAGUUUGUAGCUAACAAUAUUAUUAAUCUAUUGUUGGAGGAUUUUCAAUCUUGAAUAUCCAAAAAAUUAAGCUGUUACUUGACUGAUUUUCAUUUAAGUCUCUAUCCAAAAAUCAAUGGUUUUUCAAAUAAUUCUUUUGAAUGAGAUUGUUAAUUCUUUAAAAAUUGUUUAAAAUCUGAAUUCCCAACUGCUAUUAAAAAGAUUGAGAUUUUUAAGAUUGAAAUCCACUAAUAAUCAUCAUGGACUUGCCUUUUAUAAUAAUGUAAGUUAAGUUUUGUACACAAUUUGGUGCUCUAAUUUCCUAUUUUGAAUAAAUUUGCUGAAUAUUCUUUUGCAAUUACUUACAACUGUAUGUACAUUAUUGGGACGCACAAACAUUGAUGUAGUACAUUAAUGCAAUAGUUCAUUUGAGACGUUGGAAAUAUAUUUUAUAUUAUUAUAAUAUAUAUUACUCCGUGUUCCUCAACUGAGGAAUUGUGCAAUAUGGUUGACUUUAUGCCACUUAUUUGUUUGCUGUAAUUGAUAUUUGUUUUCUUUGUCUUGAUAAAUCUGUUGAAUCCUUCUGUUACACACUAGUUCUCCAAAAAUAUUAUUGAUUGAUGUUUUUCAGAUUAGCCAAUGUGUUUUUCAUAGUAAUAAAGUCAUUAUGAUAUUCAAUGCAACCAAUUCGCAAAAUUUAUUUUAUCUUUAUAGAAUCUAAUAAUAAAUAAAUAUAAAAUAAUUAUAGAAACUUUGGAUUGAAUCACAGUGUGACAAAUGGUAAGUCACAGUGUGAACCUUUUAAACAAGACAAUUAUUUAUGUUUCAGGAUUUCAGUUUAGGGAUUUCUUUAGAGGAAUUUACUGUUCAGAAAAUGUAAAUGUUUGUAAAUUUUAUUUGAUGUCAACUAUUGAUCAUUUGCGAUUUAGUUAGUGCCUGUUAUAUUUGAAAUUUUUCCGAUUUAUUUUAACAACUGAUUAAAAUUUUUCUCAAAAAAUGAACAAUAUUGAUAUCGAACAAAUCAAUUGAAUUUGAGGAUCAAUGGUUUGUUCUUUGUCACAAUCCUGUUGAAUACUUGCAAUUUUUGUUUUCUGUAGAUAAUUUAUACAUUACAAAUUCUUAUCGCUGAUCUUGAAUAGUUUAUGAUAGUGAUUCAAUCCAAUAGUAGAAAAGCUCUCUAAAAUCUCUUCUCAUUUAUAGGCCUAUCUAUGUAAAUUUCAUUCAAAUACUACUUCAGAUGUUGUUGUUUGGCUCUCAAUGUGACCUUGGUGUUUCGAUUU